UUUAGACGCACGCUUUCCCACUUCCUGAACACACUGCUCAAGGUUGACUACACGUUUACUGGUGCUGUGCUUGCCCAAAAUCUCUGAAGCUCCUUCUCACGCCUUCAACCUUUAUCUCGUCUUCCAUUCCUAUACACACGAUCCAUAUGUCAGACUAUCUCCCAAACGAGGUGAUCAUCGAAAUCCUCUCAAGACUGCCAGUGAAGUCGCUCAUCAGAUUCAGGUGCGUUUGCAAGACAUGGUGCUCUCUGAUUGCAAGCCCCCACUUCAUCGCCACCCACCUCAAUCGCGCUCUUUCUAAAUCCAACGCCCAACACCCACCCUACCUUCUCUUCCACUAUUUCGACUCCGAUUUUCAGACGCAGUGCUUUACUUUGCAUUAUUCCGAUGAUCCAUUCCCUGCCAACCAUUCCGACAAACACCUGGCGUUCUAUAGUUCCCCUGGCAUACGCACCCGCGAGCUUUCUCUCGACCAAGAAAUAGAAGAAAUAGAAGAGAAAAGGGGUUAUUUGAACGAUUUCUUGCACGUUGUUGGUUCAUCUAAUGGUGUAGUUUGUCUCGCGGAUUAUGUUUUCCGUAAAAACUCUGGGUCGUUAUGUGUUCUCUGGAAUCCUUCUAUCCAAAAAGUUAUAUUACUUCCGGACCCUAACAUUGGAGCAAACUUUGGAGGAUUUACCUCAAACGGUCCAGUUAUUCGUUCUCUUGGCUUUGGGUAUGACCCCAAGACAGAUGAUUACAAAUUGGUGAAGGCUGUGUAUCUUGAAGAUCCUACACAUAUUCUUCAUCCUCUGGUUGAGAUUUAUUCGCUUCGAAUGGGCGCGUGGCGCUCUGUUACGACCCCCCCUCCUCCCUACGUCAUCGAACUGUGCUACGUAUCGGUUUUCUUGAAUGGGGCAGUCCAUUGGCGCGUACACACUCCAUCGGGCCAGGGUGAUUUUCGCAAUGUGAUCGUGUCGUUGGAUAUGGAAGAUGAGGCAUUUGGUGAAUUGGCCAUGCCCAAGAGUUUGGAAGGGGUGAAAUUCUUGGACGUUAAUCUGGCGGUGAUUGAUGGGUUGCUUGCGCUUGUCCCUUGUAACGAAUGGGGCAUCGCGGUGACGGAGCCUCACUCCGUGUGGGUGAUGAAAGAGUAUGGAGUGGCGGAAUCUUGGACAAAGGUGUUUGAUAUUUGCAUUCCCGGAAGGUUGGACAGGGUGAUAGGAUUUACAAAGAAUGGUGAAGUUCUAGUGGUUGACGACAUGGGAAAGUUGUUUUCUUACGAACCAAGCAGCCAACAAGCCUUGGAUCUUAAUAUUCUUGGUGGCCUAAAAGACUCGUUUUAUUUGGAUACUUAUGUCGAGAGCCUUGUUCUACUGAAUGAAGAGAGUGGAACCCAUCUAUAAUGCCGUGUUUGGCGUGGAGAAAUUGAAUGGUUUUUUUCUUUUCUUUUCUUUUAAUCUGAUUGUGAUGGAAAUGUAAGACGUUUGUUGUUGAUUGACCAAAUCCUCUGUUUUUGGGGACUUCCAAGGCCCGUUGAAAUUAGACGUUCGUACGUGUGUGGAUGACAUGAAUAGAAAUGUGAUACGUGUUGGAUAUUGUAUUA